AUGCUAAGAUGCGGAGACGUGUUGUGGGGCGACAGACGGCCCCACCCUCCUCGUGGCGUAGAGGCCGAACUGGGGACAGCAAUAAACUCCACAUUACCUCUCGCAAAGACAUGUUGUCGACAUGAGCAAGGCGUAACCUCGCGUCGGGAGGACAAGCAAAUGAGUAUUCCAGCUUCCUACCAACCUGCCCACGCCCAACAAUAA